AUGUCGGGAGGAUGCGUAGAGAAGCGUGUCAAACCUACAAAAGCAGGGUCCAUUUCUAGACAUCGUUGGCAUCACAGCGUUCGUUCUGUACCAGUCUUCCCUCUCGAAAUCAUAGAACUCAUCAUAUGUGAGGCUUGGAAUCUCCUGCUGAGCACAAAAGCCCGCGAGGCCUUCAGGCGGGCCUCUAUGCAUGUCAGCCAUGCCUGGAUGGCGACAUUCAUGCGAGUAUCACUCGCUGAUUUGCGCAUCACCAAUUACAACUAUUUCGUUUACGUUUGGUGGUUUCUACGAGGUGGAAACUCCAUCGCAUGUAAACAUCUGGACAUCCAGUCUUAUCUCGGGAACUGUUGUCGCUCCAUAACGUUCUACUCAACAUUGGCUACAACCGUUGCAGACAUCACUCUCCGUCAUGUCCAUCUUAAGUACAAUAACCGUUUAUCUUUGGAUCCCUACGACCACUGGUACAGAUUCCACUACUUUCCGACGACAGUCACCGAUUUGGAGAUCACCCAUAUUUUUGACGACGAUUUUCGCGACUUCCCUGAAAGUAUGUUUGUCGAUUUCUGGGCGCGCCAUAUCCGUCCACACGACGAAAUGCUCCUCUUAGAAAAGCCUUGGAGGCUACCUCACGUACGAAGGUUGACCGUUCGAGGUGGACAUGUCCCUUUGGUCCUUACCAUUGCAUCACGAGCAGAAGGACUGGAGGAAAUCACUACUGACGUUGACAGUGAACAGGUAAUAAAGGGUUUGCAGCAUUUGGAUCUAUCUCAUUUGCGAGUGGCCCGUUGUUCUCCUCCUGUUCAAGGCGUUGAAAGUCAAGUUGUGACAUUAGAGCGUCGCUUGAAAAAACGAUUGUAGAUAGCCAAAGGCCUGUAUAUGACUUAGUCACUGUACAGUGAGUACGUUGCCAGAUUUCAAACUUGGACGUUGAGCAUACCUAAGGUCUAAGGACGGACAUAGAUAGUUAUCGAUAGCAACAGGCAUUGAUAGGAAAGUACAUGUCAUGGGGUCCUUUUGGUAUGAUAGCUGCUACCACUCUUCCGUUGUGUGACAUGGAGUCCCUGUGACAUGAAGAACUACGCAUACUACAUACCAACAAC